AUGGGGCAGAUGUACAACCUCGUGCGCGAGGUCGUCGACAUGGUGUGCAAGCUGCUGACGAUCGUCGAGGCGGUGAUGCAGCACCCCGCGCUGCUGUCCGCGAAGCUGCGCAGCGCACACGAGGGGCUGUACAGCAUGACGACGGCCCUCGCGGAUGCGGUGCGCAUGCUCAUGAGCGCGAGCGCCAUGAGUGAGGAGGAGGAGAAGGCCACUCUGCUCAGGUCGGCGACGGGCGUGCUCAAGGUGGCCACGGACUGCAUCGCGGCGGUGAAACUCUUUCUGAACCGCACGGUGGUGGGCGAUCACGGGCUGGUGGUGCACUUGCCCAGGCUGGGGCAGAUGAGCCCCGUCGUGAGCCCGCGGGCGAAGGUGGUGUUCGAGGAGGUGAAGGGCGAGGUGAGCCCGGCAGAGAUGCUCAGGCAGUGGUUCGUGGAGAUGGAGGACGAGGAUAUGACCAUCCAGGCUUUCACUGAUGCAGAAUGA